GGUUAUAAAGAAGCGUUUUAAAGAAUUGAUAGCUUUCUUUAAAAUGCUAAUCCUAACCCAAUUAUUAAUUGAUGUGAAUCAUUGCUGACUUGUGAGGUGAUGAAGAUUUCCUUUUAGAAACUGCUCUGUCCUGACAUCCCAAUGAAGUUUAUAUACUAUUACAGCGUUGUGCAUUUGUGCCACCCAGCCAUCUUAAGAUGGAUGCACUAACUGUAUGAGUCGUAAUAAGAGCAUCUUUUAAUUGAAAAAAGAAAGAUCAUCACUAGCCUACCACCAAACAUGCUUAAUCUGGAUACGUAUCCAAUCCAGUUGAGAUCCAAUGCUCCCUCAUCUCAGACUGAUUUUGCAUUGGAACUGAUUGACCUUGGAUCCCAGUCAGACCAGAUUCUGAUUCUCGGAAUGUGUAUUCAUUGUGUGUUGGAUGGGAGUUUCAUGGAUAAAAGGCUUUGUCUACUGUAAAUCUCGGGAUGCAAUGGAAGACCUCUACUCCACACAGUUCUGAUUGCCUUUUUUAAGAGAGGAAUUAUACACGCUUAUGUACAAAGACACAGUCUUCAGAUGGGCUCUCCUCAGAGGGUUCUCCCAGGUAUUUUGCAGACCUGUCUGUCCUACUCCUUAAUUACCAGACUGGCACCAAACUGGAACAAAGUUGGACAGUUCCUUAUCGCUGGAAGGGAUUUUCUGACUGAUCCUGGGAAGCUCAAUGCCAUUGUGAUGGAGCUGAGUGCCAGUGAGAGCCAGCUGUGUGUCAGUGUGGAGGCCAGCACUGUCCGACUCCCACCAACCAGGUUGGAGGAUUUUGACGUUCCUCCCAUGGUCCUGAGGAACUUCCAUAGCCAGCCUGAUGCUGUUAUCCAGACCUUCUCCAUGUCCAGCAGCUGGUGUUACAUACUGCCAAGCAUGAAACGGGGUCAGAUCGUCAGGAUCAGUCAGCGGAUGCCCAACGACUGCCCCUUCCAGGGCUACUCUGACAUCCAGAAUCACUGGAACAGUCUGUAUGGCUACCAACUCCCCCAAAUGGAUGAGGAAGAAGUGAUCUAUUGCAGUGUGUACUUCAAACUGGUCGGAGAACGGCUGUUCACAUACCCUCUGAGCUGCGUUCGGACGGAGCCACUGCAGCGGUGUCCCAGAGUGGACCUCCAGGGGGUGCUCAGCUCCUUCUUAUCUCGCUUGAGGGAGAUCCUGCAGACGAUUUGUGGCUUUCCAGUCCGCAUGACCAGCAGACCCUGCUACCACACCGCAGGCUUGCUCAGCACUGCCUCAGCAAAGAUGGCCAGUGGCAAACCAGUGAACUUGACGACCAAGUCUGCUAGCAGGCCCAUACAGAGCCAACUCCCUCCUCCCGGCCCCCUGAAGCCCUCAUUUAGUGGGGCAGCAUGCACCCGGACUCUCAGACUGCCAAUGGGGCAGAGUAGCAACAAUAGCUUCCUGGGCACUGGGAGAACCCAGGGUGUCCAUCCAACUCCUCCACAGGGAAAUACCCCAGAAAGAGGCUUGCCAGUCCUCAAUCCCAGUCCUGCCCCUCUCCCUCACACAAGACAUCCCCAGCACAGCCAGGUCGCGCUGACUGCACCUAAGAUGGUGCCCAUCUUCAAGAACAAGGCCCUCCCGUGCCACGUCAGUGUAAACCAGCUCCUGGCCGAGAAGUUUCAGAUGAGAGCCAAAGAGCAACAACAGGCAAUUGUGUCCAGACAGAAGAGGCCCUGCCCGGCCUUCACUUCCUCCUCCUCCUCAUCUUCUUCGUCUUCCUUCUCAUCUGUUCCCCACUCUUUGUUUUCUUCUUUCUCCUCCGAGAGAACACAGGAUGCCUACAGAUCCACCCCAGUAUCAGUGUCUCGCAUUCCUCCCUGCCCAAAGUCUGAAGGCUUUCCUACAUACCACUCCCAGGGGGACUUGUUUGAGUGGAAACCAAAGAAGCCAAAGUCAGCAGUGCAGGAUGUGGAUGUGGAGAAACAUGCAAGAGGUAACCAGCUGUCAAAGAUCAAUGCAGCAACCCUACAGGCCUGGCUGAAGAGCCGUGGUGUGGCUGUGAGGUCCAAGGAAAGGAAAGAGGAGCUGGUGUCAAAGGUCAUGGGUUGUUUGAGUGAACUGUGAGGGUUGCCUUCCUGACAGACACAGAGGACGUCAUACUACACCCUUCAGCGGUCAUUAGUUCGUUUUGUAUUGCCGUUAUUGGGUUUCACCACGUACCUUCAUGGGGUUCUUGUUAUGGAGUUGGAAAGAUGUAAGAUGUUUAUGGCCUUGAGGUUCAGAGUAAAUGGUUUCUCUACCGACCUGAGUUCCAGUACUAUUUGCAAUCUUUCAAAUUCUUACAUUUUUGCUUAAGUGCAAGGUGGGUAAGACUUUUUUCCAUUUCUAUAGGUUCCACUUUAAUGGCCAUGUUCAAUCAAGCACAGUUAUUGAACACAGGUCAAAUAUUUAGAAAUUAUAAAUAGGACUUGAACCCAGGUCUGCCUUUGACCGCAUUGAAGUGUGCUAUGUUUACUGAGCCAGCCAGUCAACUCACAGAUUCUCUUCAAUGCCUCUCACAGACAGAAUUCUGGAGUGGGAUGGCUGCUGUGACAGCAAAAAAGUGUGGGGCCUUCGCACAGAGAGGGUGGCCCCCUGCCCAUCUUUUGGAAAUGUGCAAAUACUGUGGCGCAAGCGCAUCUGCACCCCGCGAUUCAGCGUCACUCCAACGCCCCCCUCCAGAAAAAGCUGGUAGCUACCGGAAUCCUAUCGAGGACUUCAAGCUGGGCCAGCCCCACCCAUACUCACCUGCCUCCAUUCCGGGCCUCUUCUAGGGCGAUGUUUAAGGGCUUCCAGGGAGCAGCGCUGGGUGGAGGCCAGAAGCAAGGAAGAUGGACCAGAGAAGGCUGCAGGAUGGUGGUGGAGGAAGAUGGCCAGGAGAUGGGUGCAGAGAGCUCCAAGGGAACCACCGCCAGCAUGCAUUCCUCCCAAAACACCACAGGGAGGCUGCCUCAGAGUUGACACUGCCUCCCCAAAAAAGGUUCUUCACCCCCUGCCCUUACACUUCUGUUUUGAUUAAUAAAUCGCCCUCUAGGGUCCAGAACACACCCUAUAUUUCCACUCACUGAGUCCAUAGCCGUUGCAAUACAUCACAGGUCAUUCUUUAAACCUUUCCCCGCACACACACACACACACACACACAGACAUCUCAUUGUCUUUUUCUACUAGAACUAAAUAGAACCUCUUGGUUUAAGAAAAAUGUACGUGCUGUGACUGAUUUUGUUGCCUCACCAAGGUAUGAUGGAUGCACCAACUGAAAAUUGCAUUUGGAAAAGAUCUCGUAAUAUAUUAACUUCCAUGGAAAUGUGUAGCCACCCUGUAGAACAGCAGUUUUUCCAUUCAGGUUUUCCUUUGGUCUCUGCAAACCAUUAUAACAGCUUUUCCAAUGGCCUCUGCAGACCAUUAUAACAGCUUUUCCUAUGACCUCUGCAGACUAUUAUAACAGCUUUUCCUAUGGCCUCUGCAAACUAAUAUAACAGCUUUUCCUAUGGCCUCUGCAGACUAAUACAACAGCUUUUCUGCAUAGUAGAGCACUGGUUCUCCUACUAGGGUUUGCAGAGGAUACAGAGGCCAGGUUAAAAGACUGGCCAAAUGAUCUGUGGAUAAACUUCAGAGGGUGUUACACAAUUAAGUGUAAUAUUAAUAACCAUUUAUUUUGUAACAUGGGUCCUCGAAGGCU